CGCGGAGAGGUGUGAGUUUAAGAGGACUGAAGUAGCGAUGUUUGUCAAGUUUGAACAGUUGUCUGCAUAAAUUCCUCCUUGUUUGUAUCAUAUCUGGUUUACCUACUGACGAUUUAAGAGCAUUAGACGACAUAUUGCAUUUAAAACAAACGUACUAAAUCGCUUAACAGCGAUUCGUACACCCCUCCCGCCGCCGUGUCUUUUUUGUUAUGACUUUAAAAAACAAAGUUGAGCAAAAAUGGACAUGCAUGAUCUGCACUUGGACGGGAAUUGUGAACCAACUGUACUGAAAAAGUCCUUGGAAUGUGCUGCAAGACUUGGGUAUGGAGUUGUUGCUAUCGGCUAUACAUCAGCACAAGACAAACCUGGAAAAGACAAGCACAAAGAAAAGCUCUCUUUUGCUCCACCUUCGUUGAAACUAGACAGUGACACUAAAGCAGUUGUUGGAGUGCGGUCUAAAGGGUUCAAGCAGCUAACCCGGGUGAAUAUGGUGCUAUCUGAAGGUUCCGAAACACAUAAACUGAGACAGGACAAUAUUCAGUCGUACGAUCUUCUAGCUGUCCAACCGACCACUGAAAAGAUGUUCCACAUGGCAUGCACUAAGCUGGAGGUGGACAUUAUAUGCCCUGACAUGACAGAGAAGAUGCCCUAUUACUUCAAGAGAAUCGCCAUGAAUGCUGCGGUAGAGAGAGGUAUCUAUUUUGAGAUUCCCUAUGCGCCGGCGAUUAGAGAUGCCACGUUGAGGAAGAAUGUCCUGACCAACGCUAUGACACUGGUCAGUUUGUGUCGAGGCAAGAACAUUAUCAUCACAAGCCAAGCUGUCAGGCCUAUUGAAGUCAGGGGACCGUAUGAUGUCACCAACCUAGGAUUAUUAUUUGGUUUAACCGAACAACAAGCAAAGAAUGCCGUGUCGUCAAACUGCAGAGCUGUCUUAUAUCAUGCAGCUACGAGACGAAACACAAUCAAAUCUGUGAUGUCACUUCAGCACGUUAACGAACUUACAUCACAAGAUCGGUGGAAGGUGAGAGCCGGCCAGGAGGCAAGCGGGAUCAUUGAGGAAGAGGAUUGCCAAGAGGAGCUCCCAAAAUCAGGCAGCCAGUCGAAAAAGAGGCGGAAAUCUGAUAGUCAAUCAGGUAUCACUCACAACAUAAAGAAAAAGAAAUGAAACAUUCCACUAACGGGUAGAGUCAUAAUUGGUAACCACUCAAAAAAUUAAUAACCAUAGGGACUGACUUUGUGAGACCUGCAGCUGUUGAUUGUAUACAAAUAUUGAGUGGCUCAGAGUGGAAUGGGAGGAAUAUUAUCGCAAGGUAAA